AAUAUUUGGAUUUUGAAAGUUUGAACUUCUCCAGUUUUCAUGAUUUAUGUAGAAUUAAGUAAUUUUAGAUUGUGGCUAAGUAGUACAAAUAGAAUAUUUAGUACUAUAGAAGAGAUUGAUUUUAGAUUGGCUCCGAUGUAGGUUAAAACAUCAAUCAAGAUCAACACACGCCUCCGUACUUUUACAUGGAAACUUUUAGUUCUUAUUACACGCUCCGCUAUCUUUGCGUCGUAAGUCGCAUGAUCGAGCACAUUAGUUGUUGCUUAUCCAUAGAACAGCGAUUAAUUUUUCUUAAACGCGUCUUGUUAAAAAUUUCUGUUCGAACAAUCCUAUUUCUACUCUUAAAUUCUACCCUGUAAUCGAAAAUAUUUUUUGCAAAACUUUAGCAUCAUUGUAUUUUGUACUAUGUAUACGCAACAAAUCUUUAUGUUCAAUAAAAUCAACUCGUUCAAUCCAUUAAUCUUCGAUCUAUGUUUACUACAGGCUUUCUGCAUUCUCGUGCUGACAAUCAGCGAGCCUCUACUCGUCCAGUCUGCGUAAGUAUUCCCGUGACUAAAGUAUAACUCUCGUUACCAGACCGUGUCGAGCUCGAACUCUUUAUAGCACGACAUAACUUACAAACCUUCCCGCAGACCAUAAUUAUUAGAGCGCGGAUUUUUACAUAUUUUAUUAAAUAUUUUUCGUUUCACAGCAACAGGGUGUUGCUGAUGAUUCCACAGCAAACCAGGCGCAUGGGACCACCACCGUGGCAAUCUUCUUUACCGCGUCCCAGAAAAUCGUACGCCAGCGAAGUUCAUUAUCACAAGUAUCAUGGUCCUCCCGUACACUAUCACUCGAAGAAAUCUGUGUAUGGAAGUUCACCGUUUCCUCAUGGAGGGGAUGACUUCGAUCAAGGUUACGAACAUGUGAACCACGUGAACAUUCCUCAUGGCAAGGGCAUCAGUCAUGCAGUGUCGUACGGAAAGGGUUACAUCCCUUACGAUCAGAUUAAGGGUAGCGUCUCGUUUAGUCGUGAAAGGAAUCCAAGCUCCCAAGAGCACAAAUACACGUCAGAAUCGGAAUAUUCAUCGCCACCGUUCUCCUCAUCCGACGCUCAGCAUUCACCUUCGUCGUAUGAGUCUCCGCAGCCAGAGACCUUCUUCCCAGAUGCAGAGACAGCCUUGAACUACAACGAGAGGCAAAGCGACCGCAAGAGACUCUACUCUUCGAGAUCCAUCGAGAAGGACCUCGUUACGAACAAUCCAAUCGACCUCGGCGCCGCCACGAAUAAGGAUCAGAUACUCCUGCUCCAGCAGAAGGCUACCGAUCUCUACAAGAACAUCGUUUCUCAGCCGCAAGGUGGCGUCCUGUUACCAGCUGGCAUUCCAUCGGCCACUAUCGGUGGCAGCAAAGAGGGAAUCGUGUUGAGAGAUACAAUAGCUUUAGGCGAAUAUCAACAAAAGCUCCAAGAGAUGACCAAAUCCUGGCCACAGUUUUUAUCUAACGCGGCUACAACUUUGGGAAACAGUUAUCAAAACCAACAGGUUAGCGCGAGUUACUCGACGGGUGGCUCUACAACUCCUGGUUUUAGUGGCUGGUCAGUGAAUUUUGCUCAGCCGAAGCAAGGUUACGACGUUAAGGAGGACACUAUGGAACCGCCGGUUGAUUUUAGGAAUAUGCCUAUUCAGAGUUCGCCUUAUCAUACGUUCCCUGUUCCGAUGAACGUGGUGCUUCCGGCGCCCACGCAGGCGGUUCAUGGUUAGAUAGAUUAGGGUUAUUUCGUUAAUUUAGUUAUUUUUACGGGUAUUGUUGGUGGAAGAGAUACAGCGAGAUGAUGAGAUCGGUUUCGCGUUAAAGUUUGUAGGUUUCGAUGAAAAUUGGUAAUUUGAUCCAAAAUGUAUUGGAAGGGAUAAAGAAUUUGAGACCACGUUUAGGAUUGUACAAUGUUUGUUCAAUUAUCUCUUUCAUUGUAUUAUAUAUUCAAAGAAUUUUGAAUAAUUUAGAACUUGGAAGGCAAAUUCCAGGGAUACAUAAUUCGUUACUCUCUAAAUCACAAUGGAGGAAGAAUGCGGGAACAAUGUGCGUAGAGGAUGAACUUGGGCAUCUCGCUUCAUCGUUUUCACUAAGUAUAAUACAAUGACAUGCAUGGAGGACGAAUGCACGGACCCAUGUGCAAUUAGGUUACGACGUGCGGAGGAUACGAAGAAAUGUUGAAAUUCUGUGAAAUGAUUCUCUUGAUUUCAGUUUUGCAGGAAUUUUACAAGAUCGUCGUGGCAUUUGAACUGCAUCGGAUACCGAGGAGAUUAGGUUCACUGACCAGAAAAUGUCUCGAGAGUUGUAAUUGUCAAUGUGUAUCUUUAUACUUCGAUCUGUGGAUGUUUAAGGAAAUUUAAUAAUUUAUUUGUUAUAAAUGUGAAUGUCUAAAUUUGUUAAUGAUUUCGAAUAUAAUAGCACGGAUAAAUGAAAUGCAAGAAAGUUCGCAACUUGUAUCGUAGCGUAAUUCUCGUAUGGCUUCUAAUAUGUUCCUCGAACAUCGGUGAAAGUAAAUCUUUCUUUUAUUCGCUUCAUCUGGAAAGUUGCUCGAAAAUUACAAGUUACAUUCUGUAUCUUUUGUAGCAGACAUAUACUUGAAUGACGAAUCGUUUGAAUUGUACAUAUUGGAGGGCAUGG